AUGUCAGAGGCAGAGAGGAAGGCGACGCCCGAGGAGGAUGAGCGACAGAUAGGAAAAGACGUCGGCGGAGAUGUGUCGGUCGGAGGAGAGGCCGAAACUGUGGAUGACGAGGAGGUGACCGCGAUAUUCUACAAGACGAAGGUAGUGGAGUUCCUUGGGCGUUCAUCCCAGAUCAUCCUUCAGAACGACAACGGACCUUGCCCUCUCCUUGCCAUCUGUACGUGGCUCUCUGUCUCUCCGUCUUUUCUCCUGGCGCGUAUUCUCUUCGAUCUGGAGAUAUUUCCUUGUUAUCGGUUAGGGCCAUCUUUCGCUUCUUCAAGCCGCCCUUGGUGUAUGUUGUUUGGCGGUUGGAUUUGAAUUCGGGAACCGUAAAAGAUGGAAAGGAGUUAUAUUGUCAUGCCUAGGGUUUAGGAAUUGGAAAUUCUGAUUUGCUUCACCGAUCCUUUCCUUGUAAAUCUAUUUGGGCAUUUCUCGGCUCAGACUUUUGAUGUGCGGAGCAGGUAAUGUUCUGCUGCUGCGUAAUGUCAUCGACUUGAGUUUGGACAUUUCCGAGGUCUCACAGCAAAAGCUGCUCUCCCUUGUUGCGGAAAGAUUGCUGGAUUCUAAUAGCAACUUGGAGGUCCUUGUUCCAGAUAUUUUCUUAUGAACCGCUUAAGACUGAAAACGGCUGUUUAAACCAUUGGCUUCUUUUUUCUAUUUCAGGGAAAAGAUGAAGAUUAUGUUAGCAAUCAACAGAGGAACAUUUCUGAUGCAAUUGACCUUCUCCCUUGUCUUGCCCGUGGAAUCGAUGUGAACGUUCUGUUCAGAAAGUAUGUUCCCAAAGAAAGUCUUUCUUGUUUAUUUGUUUUUCCCGCAAGAAAGUCUUUCUUGCGGCACUCAUAUGAGUAUUUUUGGUUUAUUUUUCUAUUUUCUCAGUGUUCUUCGAACCUCAUCCCUUGUUUCUCGUUAAUUUAAAUUGUAGGAUUGAUGAUUUUGAGUUUACUCCGGAGUGUGCUAUAUUUGAUCUACUUGAUAUCGGGCUAUACCACGGAUGGAUAGUUGACCCUCAGGUAUGCAUUCUGACAUGCAAAUAUAAAAUGUUUCACUCUAGCUUAUUUUCUUAUCUGUUUCUCCUUGAUGUCUUUCUUAUCCGUUUCCCAUCGUAUAUUAUGCUGUGUUUGCUUAUUGAAUUUAUCUCUUUUUACUGUUAGUCAACAGAAAGUAAUUUUAGCUAAAUUUUUUUGUACCGUCAUAUUUACACUAAAGCGUUAUGUAUAUACUGGGGUGAAUCAGGAAAUGUUAUGUCUGAGUAUGUGUAUCUUUAAAUUCAUCUUUUAAUCCCACUGCCUUCAGUUUUCGGUGACAUUACAACAUAAUUGCUGAACAGUGGCGUCUUUGCUUGAUGUGUUUGUUUGCAACUCUGGCAUCCUCUUUACAUUUAUUCUUUCCGAGGUGGUUUACUCACUUUUUUGUCGGAUAAUUUACACCUGGAUUCUUUGAUGCUGACAAAACAGACCUUCAUACUAGAAACACUGUUGAAAUAGUCAAAAGAUGGAUGGAUAAUAUGGUAAUAGAUAGGGCGUCAUUGACAUGGGGAUAAAACUUUGAGGUGACAGGCACAGCAUGUAGGCAAGUUGAACAACUGUGAAAAGGAAUCGACAGAAGGCUUUUCUCUCUGCAAUGCCCACACAACAUAAACUCGUCUAGCUAGGCAAGGUCACGGAAUCCUUGAUGGCAUCAGAUAUUAGAAUAUUCUAAGGCUAGACAAUCGAGGAAGUAUUUUAAUUGAGAGGAACUCCAGAUCGAAAGUGCAGCAUAACUCCAUCAUGAUGGAAAGACAAAUUAGUGUACUCAAAUACGAGAUUGAGGCAGUAAUUAAGCCAGAUAAAUCUCAUUCUGGGGUUUCAGAUAUUGCAAUCUCCCUCAGUUUCCAUGGGUCGGAAAAAGCUCUACCGAAAAAAGAAAAAACGAGAUAUGAUUGCGACAACAUCAUCAGUUUGCAAAAGAGGCUCCAUUAUUUUUGAAAUAUGAAAGGGUUUCAUUUAUCAUAACCCUACUCCAGGUUGAUAAGAUGAAGGAGAGCAGACUCAUAAUAUGGUUUUGCUGUUGUUAUAGAAGCUGGGAGUCAUAAUUUGGGAUAUUAUAUUCAUUUUAUAAUCAGUGUGGUUAACCAUUUUUUCUAGCUGGACGGAGGUUGAAAGUGUAUAAUCCUGUUUGGAUGGGGCAUGGUACUUUUCAUCAUCAUAGACAACAUCAAUAUCUACAAAAUCCCAAUUUUCCUUGCCUAUCUGAUGUUGUAUCUUUUCUGUGAUUUUUAAGACUGUCAACAAAAUUAAUGACAAUUGUGUCAGAAGUUACUGUUGACAGUCUUAUUUUUGUUGAACUAUUAAAAAUGGCUUUGAGGUGUUUAUUCCCUAUUUCCUCUAACACUAUCAAUUUUCUCGUUGACAUAUUUGAGGCCCAUCUGUAAAGUCAUUCUUAUUGCAAUUUCGAUAGAUUUAGGGUACAGUGUUUCUUACUUGCCUCUGCCACAGUCAAGAUUGAAUGAGUCCGACUAAAAGCAAAAUAUCCCUACUCUCUUAUGACUGUCUAGUGUAACGUGCGCACUUCUGAUUUGAUCUUUUAUCUCUUGCAAUAUUAUUGUGUGUUUGAUAUAGGAUAUGGAAACAGCAAAUGCUAUUGGAUCGAAGUCCUACAAUGCUCUUGUUGGAGAACUCGUUGCGCUUGACACGAGGAGUCCCAAGGAAGAUAAGUACCUUCCUGAAGACGACUCUGUGGAUUUUGCUGCUGCAGCAACUGCUGCUCUUGGAGUUCCCUCCCCAUGUCUUUCAAGAAGUUUAUCGUGCAAUGAUCCUCAGAUUUUGGUUUUAGGUGACCACAGAAUAGGAAGAGGGGAUUUAGAAGAAGAAGAAGAACUGAUGAGAGUCUUGAAAUUGUCAAGAGGUGAACAGUCAAUAUCUGUCACACAUUCUGUAAUAUCAGACACAAAUUCGAGUGAUGCGACUGCAAGUUCAGGGGAAAACGUCAUCCCCAAUGAUGCUCUAUCUAAUGUUGUUUCUGAAACGUCAACAACCCAAGUUGUCACUUCUUUGGAGUCUAAUAAGCAAGAGCUUUCUGUAUCCGAGGCUUUUUACAAUACCCUUUAUCUCGAGGAUAACAACACUUGCUUGCCAACUGCUGAAAUGGGGGGGGUAUCCACUAGUACUACCAUUGCCAGUCAUCCUGGUGAUUCCGAAGUUUCUGAAGGUAUUUUGAUUCCUUUUUACUAUGUGGAACCCUUUAAUGUCAUAUGCUAUCUCAAGAGCAGAUAUUUUACUUAAAUCCUCUUGAAACAGAUAAUUCUUCCUCUGAUCAUGCUUAUGAAAGCCUUGUGAACGGGUCCAUGGAAGAUGGGGGCAUCUCACAGAAACGUAUGCUGAAGAAGUCGACUCUACAUGAUCUUGAAAAUGCUAAUAAUUGUAGCGAGCAUGGUUCUGAACUUUUAACUCAUCAAGCUUCACCAGUGUCUGACUUGUAUUGCUCUCCUGGAGGGAAGGAUGCCAAUGAGAGCUUCAGUUUAAAUCCUAAUGAUAUUGAGCCAUUGUAUGAGGGUGAAGAAUGCAUUCUUGGUUCUGCAAUUUCAGACUACAAAAAUCGUGAGCCAGUUUAUGAAGGUGAGAUGAUUCUUGCCGAGCAUGCUGAACAAGAUGAAGGCUUCAUCAGUGCUCGUUCCGAGGAUGCAACUUCUAAACAGCAAUGUAGGUCGCCAGUCACUUAUGAAAUUGGGAUUAGAUACCAAUUUUCUAUCGCCAAUUGUAAUACUAUCGCAGCUUGUUCACCAACUCUGGUGUUUUUUUUCCAGGGCAUUUAAUAAGGAACUUUUUGAAGGACAAUGCGAGCCAAUUGACUGUUUACGGGUAUGAUUACUUAUAUGAUUCGUAGUUGGCUUCUGCUGGCUAUAAUUUAUUUCAGGGAAUCCCCUUUUUUUUUUAACGAUCCAUUCUGCAGACUUUUCUGCCUUCAGGAAGGUUUGAAAGAGCGAGAACUGUGUGUCUUCUUCCGUAAUAAUCAUUUCAGCACCAUGUUCAAGGUAGUGAACGAAAGGAUUCAUCAUGUUUCAUAGAUUUCCCUUUAUAAACGGUAAUCGCCUACAAUCUUUCUUUUUUCUUAUUGUUUUCAGUAUAAUGAGGAACUUUACCUUUUAGCCACUGACCAAGGCUAUAUAAGCCAGCAAAACUUAGUAUGGGAAAAGUUGAAUGAGGUAGGAUUUCUUUCUUCACUAUUUUUUUUGUUAAAAUCAAAAUUUUUCACUGACAUCAUUCUUCAUCAUUCUGUAAAUUAUUAUCCCAAAUGUGAAAACUGAUAUGGUUAAUUUUCGAUUUAAUCUUCUUGCUUAUUAGGUGAAUGGUGAUACAAUGUUCAUGAGAAGCGAUUUCAAGCAAUUUAUGCCAGAAGUUCAAGUGAACCACUCAUGGGAUGAGCAAAAUGGAAUGAAUGUGUGUCUCAGCAAAUACUUGUUUUUUUACCUCUCUCCACCUAUUGAUACAUGGAUGGUUCUCAUUCUAAAAUUUUUCCCUGUUCAGGAAUUUCUCGCAGUGGAGGGUUCAACAUCAGGGAACUCAACUUUUAAGUAAUUUAAUACUCCAUUCAUACCGUAUUUAUUUCAUCUUUUUGAUAAACUAUAUUGUAACCAUUUCCUUGGAAAUAUGAUGUGUAAAACAUUUGUCUUCUUACAUGCAUGGAUUUCCAAGUAGUCAAAUUAGUUCUGAGAAAACAUCUGGGACGUAAAAGGUGACUUUAAAUGACGAGAGAAUCUUUGAGGUUAUGAUAAUGGCAAUCUGCCUCAAUAAUUUGAGAAUUUCUGCUGUUGCAUUGGAUGGGGGGACUCGAGUGAGCUCUCCUCUUGAACUUCUGAUUGAUUAUCUAGGUCUGUCUGUUUAUAGGUUGUAGAUGUUGUGGAUGUGUAGAUAUUUUCCGUUUCAUCUAAUCAGUUUGGCCGUUGUUGAAAGAGCAUUUGAUUUUGCGAUAUCAAUAUUGAUGUUGUUGCGUCAUUUUGCUCAUUGUCUUUUGAGCAUAUGAGCUACUCUUGCUGAGAUAGACUUUUUUUCAUUUAUUCAUUGAUAUACCAAAUUUCGUGUGUGAUUAUAGUGAAGGGAACAAUGUUUUUGCCGAGUCCUGUGUAUGCUUGAUCAUGAUUUUUUUUGUGCUUCAACUUAAUAUGCUUAAUAAUAUAGUUUGCCUUUGAAAAUUGUAGUGUAAUGUGGAAUUAUUGAUUGUCAUCUAUUUUUCUACUCGCUUAAUGAUUCUAUAGUGAUUUGGGUCCACAUACUGCUUUACUUAUCCAUGGUUUAAUCUAUGAACCCAUCUGAUUUCUGCAUCUAUGUCCUACGAGAUGGUUUUUUUUUUGUUUUGAUAAUUUUCUGUUGAAAACUAUGCAGUUCUGAUCACGAAUUAG